GCCGCCCCUCACGCGCGCAGGGAGAGGCGGUCCUCGGCGGCCCGGUCACCUGACCCCAGCCCGGUCCGGCUCUGGGCGCCAAGAUGGCCGCGUACCUGCAGUGGCGCCGCUUCGUGUUCUUUGACAGGGAGACGGUGAAGGAGCCGGCCGGGCCCGACGGGGGGAAGCCCUUCGCCCUUCCGCCGGGCGUCACCGUCUGCGACUCGGGCAGAGGCAGCCUGGUGUUCGGGGAUAUGGAAGGUCAGAUCUGGUUCUUGCCACGUUCCCUUCAGCUUAGCAGUUUCCAGGCUUACAAGCUGAGGGUGACUCACCUGUACCAGCUGAAGCAGCACAGCAUCUUGGCUUCUGUUGGUGAAGAUGAAGAAGGCAUUAACCCGCUGGUUAAAGUCUGGAACUUAGAGAAACGAGAUGGUGGGAAUCCUCUUUGCACAAGGAUUUUCCCAGCAAUACCGGGUAACAAACCUACAGUUGUGUCCUGCCUAACUGUCCAUGAGAAUCUUAACUUCAUGGCUAUUGGUUUUGCAGAUGGAAGUGUUGUGCUUACAAAAGGGGACAUCACACGAGACCGACACAGUAAGACCCAGAUCUUACAUGAAGGCAAUUACCCGGUCACUGGCCUUGCCUUCCGCCAGUCUGGGAAAAUGACCCACCUUUUUGUUGUCACCACGGAGAACAUCCAGUCCUAUAUGCUGUCAGUGAAGGAUUAUCCUCAUCUGGAGCUGGACACACAUGGUUGCGGUUUACGCUGCUCCACGCUCAGCGACCCCUCCCAGGACCUCCAGUUCAUUGUGGCAGGAAACGAAUGUGUGUAUCUGUACCAGCCAGAUGAGCGUGGCCCCUGCUUUGCCUUUGAGGGCCAGAAGUUGCUCGUUCACUGGUAUCGGGGAUACCUCAUCAUUGUUUCCAAGGACCGGAAGAGCUCUCCAAAAUCAGAGUUUGCUGGGAGCGAUACACAGAACUCCGACAAGCAAAUCUUGAAUGUCUACGACCUGUGUAACAAGUUCAUUGCGUACAGCUCGGUCUUCGAUGACGUGGUGGAUGUCUUAGCAGAGUGGGGGUCUCUCUACGUGCUGACUAGAGAUGGGAAGAUCCAUGCGCUUCAGGAGAAGGAUACUCAGACCAAACUUGAGAUGCUGUUCAAAAAGAACCUAUUUGAAAUGGCUAUUAACCUGGCCAAGAGUCACCACUUGGACAGCGAUGGCUUAUCAGAGAUUUUCAGGCAAUAUGGAGAUCAUCUGUACAACAAAGGGAACCAUGAUGGAGCCAUUCAGCAGUAUAUACGGACCAUUGGGAAGCUAGAGCCAUCUUAUGUGAUCCGGAAGUUCUUAGAUGCUCAGCGUAUACACAACCUGACUGCGUACUUGCAGACACUCCACCUACAGUCCCUUGCCAACGCAGACCACACCACUCUGCUGCUAAACUGCUACACCAAACUCAAAGACAGCUCCAAACUGGAGGAGUUCAUCAAGACCAGUGAGAGUGAGGUCCACUUUGAUGUGGAGACAGCAAUCAAGGUACUCCGUCAAGCAGGUUACUUUUCCCAUGCUGUGUACCUGGCAGAGAAGCAUGCACACCAUGAAUGGUUCCUCAAAAUCCAGCUGGAGGACAUCAAGAAUUACCAGGAGGCCUUGCAGUACAUUGGCAAGCUGCCCUUUGACCAGGCAGAAAGUAACAUGAAGCGGUAUGGCAAAAUCCUGAUGCACCAUGUCCCCAAUGAGACCACGGAACUGCUGAAGAUCCUAUGCACGGCCUACCGGCCAACAGGAGACCGUGAAGGCUCUGGGAUGCUGGAGGGGAAAAAGGCUAAUUCUGAGGAGUUCAUUCCAAUCUUUGCAAACAACUCCCGGGAGCUGAAGGCUUUUCUGGAGCACAUGACAGAGGUGCAGUCUGACUCUCCGCAGGGCGUCUAUGACACACUGCUGGAACUUCGACUCCAGAACUGGGCACAUGAACAGGAUCUGCAGAUCAAAGAGAAGCUGCACAGCGAAGCCAUCACCCUGCUGAAGAGUGGAAGGUUCAGAACAGUUUUCCAUAAGGCUUUGGUACUGUGUCAGAUGCACAACUUCAAGGAUGGUGUCCUCUACCUUUAUGAACAGGGCAAACUUUUCCAACAGAUUAUGCAUUAUCACAUGCAAAAUGAGCAGUACAGGAAGGUGAUUGAGGUGUGCGAGUUGUAUGGAGACCAAGAGACCUGUCUCUGGGAACAGGCCCUCAGCUAUUUUGCCCGGAAAGAAGAGGACUGCAAGGAAUACAUCACAGCGGUACUGAAGCAUAUUGAAAACAAGAACCUCAUGCCUCCACUGCUCGUUGUGCAGACUCUGGCUCAUAACUCCACGGCUACGCUGUCUGUGAUCAAGGAUUAUCUUGUCAACAAGCUGCAGAAGCAGAGCCGCCAGAUUGAGCAGGAUGAGCAGAGGAUUCAGAAAUAUCGUGAAGAGACCACAAGGAUCCGCCAGGAGAUUGAAGACCUCAAAACCAGUCCCAAGAUCUUCCAGAAAACAAAGUGCAGCAUCUGUACAAGUGCCCUGGAGCUGCCUUCAGUCCACUUCCUGUGUGGUCAUUCCUUUCACCAGCACUGCUUUGAGAGUUACUCAGAGAGCGAUUCAGAAUGUCCCACCUGCAUGCCAGAGAACCGAAAGGUCACAGAUAUGAUCCGAGCCCAAGAACAGAAGAGAGAUCUGCAUGAUCAGUUUCAGCAUCAGCUCAAGUGCUCUAAUGAUGGCUUUUCUGUUGUUGCUGAUUACUUUGGUCGUGGGGUUUUCAACAAGCUCACUCUCAUCACGGAUCUGCCCCCAGGCAAAUCAGCCACAACUAUUGAGGCUGGCCUGCAGAGGGAACUCCUCAUACACACAAAACGCAGCACCUAAAGCCAUGCCUUCCCUGGGACGCCUCCCUUGUGGAUCUUGUACUAUACUUAUCUUAAAGACUCUGUAAAUUAGUUGCUUCUUGAUGUCUUUCAACCCCUCCAAUGAACUGGCAUGGAACUUGACUGGAGAGGACAUGCGCUCAAGUGGCUAUAAAACUACCGUGUUGUUGGGAUAUAUAUGAUGCAAAGAACGGUGCACUUUCUGGGAGGGUUUGAGUACAGGUCAUGGUGCAUAGCACCCCUCUGACAGCCUCACAGUGCCUUAAGCCCUGGGCACACCAACCUGUCUGCAACUCUACAGGGCAAUCUCUGGUGUCACAUUUGCACAGCACAAAGCCUUUUGCAGCAGGUUUCCGCUGGGCAGUAACUGAUUGUCCUGUGGGCUGGGUUAGCCAGUGUUGCAGCUAAUUACCACUACACUAGCUUGGCAGAACAGAAGGCUAUGAAAAAUAUGUGGGUUUCUUGCCCAAUGAUCGAGUGCUGUGUGGUGUGCUUGUCUUGUGUUUUUUGUUGAUUUGUUUUUUAAUUUGUUUGUAGACCAGAGAUAAAGUCCGGUGAUCACUGAUGGAAAAUCAGAGUUUGGGGCCAGAUGGUCUUUUAGGGGUGUAAUUGCUUCAUUUGGUUGCUCUGAGAUUAUUUUAUGUAAUGAAGAAUGACCUAAUAGGCAUGUAGAUAGAAAUUCAACUAAAAUGUGAGUUCAGAAUUUCUCCUGGCAGCUGCUCGACCCAUGUUUCACCUGUAUUAAAAAUGACCUCACACAAAUUCAGUUGUGCUGUAACUGUCUUUUAAUUUAAAGGUUAGAAUUGCUUACUAUAAGACAUUUCUUGUGUACAUACUUUGAAUUUAUGCAUGUUUUGUAGCUCAAAGAAAUGAGAACAUAGGCUUUUUCUGAAUGUGAA